AAUCCUGAUAGCUCCUGGUGGAGUUCCGUGCGCUCAGUCUCCCGCAUCCCUUGUUCUGUCCGCAGCUGCGCCUCACCUGUCAGGAUGUUCGUCCACUGGGAGGUUUUCUUCUACGUUUUUAUUCUUUUGACUCACAUGAGGUCGUACUGCUGCUGGUCAGUGAAUAAUUUCCUGAUGACCGGACCCAAGGCAUACCUAAUCUACUCGAGCAGCGUGGCAGCAGGGGCUCAGAGUGGCAUUGAGGAAUGCAAACACCAGUUCGCAUGGGACCGCUGGAACUGUCCUGAGAGAGCUCUGCAGCUGUCCACACACAGCAGCCUGCGCAGCGCAAAUCGAGAGACUGCAUUCGUCCAUGCCAUCAGCUCUGCUGGGGUUAUGUACACCCUGACCAGAAACUGCAGUCUCGGAGACUUUGACAACUGCGGCUGUGAUGACAGCAGGAAUGGACAAAGAGGAGGUCAUGGCUGGCUCUGGGGUGGAUGCAGCGAUAAUGUCGGCUUCGGUGAGGCCAUCUCCAAACAGUUUGUGGACUCGUUGGAGACCGGACAGGAUGCUCGGGCGGCCAUGAAUCUUCACAAUAACGAAGCUGGGCGGAAGGCUGUGAAGGGGACCAUGCAGAAGACGUGCAAGUGCCACGGUGUUUCAGGAAGCUGCACCACUCAGACCUGCUGGCUGCAGCUGCCAGAGUUCAGGGAAGUCGGGAACUAUUUAAAGGAGAAGUACCACAGGGCCCUGAAGGUGGAUCUCCUCCGGGGAGCAGGAAACAGCGCGGCCAGCCGCGGCGCCAUUGCAGAGACCUUCAACUCCAUCUCCCGCAAGGAGCUGGUCCACCUCGAAGACUCGCCCGACUACUGCCUGGAGAACCGUACCCUGGGCCUGCCCGGGACGGAGGGCCGCGAAUGCCUGAAGAAAGGCAAGAACUUGAACAAGUGGGAGAAGCGGAGUUGCAAGAGGCUGUGCGGAGAGUGCGGGCUGGCUGUAGAAGAGCGCAAAGCCGAGAUGGUGUCGAGCUGCAACUGCAAGUUCCAUUGGUGCUGCGCGGUGAAAUGCGAGCAGUGCAGAAAGACGGUGACCAAGUACUUUUGUGUGAAGAAAGGAGGUCAGAGGGGAAGGAAUGAGAGCGCCGCCAUCCGCCGAAAGAACCCCAGGCUUAGGAAAAAGCACUGAGCAUCCCCAUCAUUCGUCCACAUGCAUUCAUGUUUUCCUGUUUCUGCAGCCCAAUCAAACAUCUGGAUUCUGCAGAUAACGUGUUUUGGACAAAACCCUCACAUUCCAUCUUCACAUUAAAGAUUUCUCACAAAUGAACGCAGAGUCUCAUGACAACCCAGGCAACUUCGUAGAUUUUUUUUUUCUUUUAGCAUAAAUGUAUUUAAGAUAUAUUUUUAUAUAUAUAUUUUUUUUACCACAUUUUGAAAAGUGACAUGGCAUUGAAACGGUUCUCAGACAUAAAAAUUCUUCCCAUUAUUUAUUCUUGUACUUAUACAAAAAACAUUUGAUAGAUAAUCUGGUGCAAAACUUGUUCUUGAACUUCUCGCAGUAAUCUGUUUUGUUCUGAAAUUAGUUUUGUGACAAUGCUCGCAACGGUUUUAGUUUGUAUUUCUGUUUCCACCAUCAUCUGGCUCACCCCGUCUUUCCGCUCUUGAUGUAUAACUGUACAUAAAAUGAAGCACUUUGUACUGUAUAUUGUUAAUUUAUUGCACAGCAUUUUUUUUUCUAGUUUUGCUUAAGUGUCCUUUUUUCAUUCUCUCUCCAUUAAAAUGUAAUGAAAGAAUAAUAAAUCCUUUAAUCGUGC